UCAGGCGACUAUGUUUCUUGCAGUUGCAGGAGAAAGCCUGGGAGAGUUUUAAGCAUAAAUUCUGCUCUGUUCAGCAUGGGAAAAGUUUCUUCAUAAAAAGCAGACUUCUUAUCUCUUCAUUUCAUUUGUUUUUUAUCAGACAAAAACAAAUUCAAAAGCAAAAGCACAAAUUUCUUUUCUUUUUUUUCGCAUUCAUUCUUUUCUUCCUCUAAGAGCAAUCACUUUGCCCCACUUCCCACCCAAAGUAUCUGUCUUCUCUUUCUUUAUACAAAUACCUAAAUAAUGAUGUUCAUUCUUCACAAAAUUCCAAACACAAACACUACCUUCGACGACGACAACUGCAACAACUUUGCCAGGAGAGUUUUUUCGAUAAUUUCGUCUAAUACUGAGUGGUUUAACAGCGAGCCGCCAUGGCCAGUUCCAGUACGGUUCCACAGCGGUCUCAGUCCAGGAGGAUGAGUCGAGCUCAGACCAUGCUGGUCGACUUGCAGAAUGAAGACAGCUCGGCUAUGGACAGUGAGCUGGUGCCAUCCUCCUUGGCCGUCAUUGCUCCAAUUCUUCGUGUGGCUAAUGAAAUUCAAGAGGAUAACCCUAGAGUCGCGUAUCUCUGCCGCUUCCAUGCAUUUGAGAAGGCACAUAGGAUGGAUCCAACAUCUAGUGGCCGUGGUGUCCGACAGUUUAAGACCUAUCUGUUGCAUAGACUUGAGAAGGAAGAACAAGAGACAAGGCCGCGGCUUGCAAGAAAUGAUCCCAAAGAAAUCCAGUUGUAUUAUCAGAAUUACUAUGAGAACAAUAUCAAAAGAGGCCAACAGACAAAAAAACCGGAGGAGAUGGCUAAGAUUUUGCAGAUUGCAACAGUAUUGUAUGAUGUGUUAAAAACUGUUGUACCUUCUUCAAAAGUUGACGAAGAGACCCACAAGUAUGCUGAAGAUGUUAAGAGGAAGCGGGAACAAUAUGAACAUUAUAACAUUCUUCCACUAAAUGCUACAGGGGCUAAAUCAGCAAUCAUGGAACUCCCUGAGAUCAAAGCCGCAAUUCGUGCAUUGCAUAAUGUGCAAAACCUUCCCAUGUCCAGAGUUCGUGCAACACCCAAUGUUCCUCAUGCCUUGCCUGAGGAGAAGGAUAAAUCUGUUGUUGACAUACUUGAUUGGCUUUCUUCAUAUUUUGGGUUUCAGAAAGGAAAUGUAGCAAACCAGAGGGAGCACCUAAUACUGCUUCUUGCAAACAUGGAUGUACGGUACAAGAAUAGUGAAAAUUAUAUACAGCUGAGUAGCACCACUGUAGACCAGUUGAUGGACAAAAUUUUCAAGAAUUACAAAUCAUGGUGUAAGUAUUUGCGUUGUGACUUGAAAAUUAGGAUUCCUGAAGGUUUUGACAAGCAACAAAUAUGUCUUAUCUACAUUGGACUGUAUCUUCUUAUAUGGGGUGAAGCUUCAAAUAUACGGUUUAUGCCUGAAUGCAUUUGCUACAUCUUCCAUAAUAUGGCAAAGGAAGUCUAUGAUGUGAUUAGCAAUGUGCCCUCUGCCAGUGGAGACAUGUACUAUGGAGAUGCACCUGAUGAUGAAGCGUUUUUGCGGAACGUUAUAACCCCUAUCUACCAGGUCUUGCGGAAGGAAGCUAAAAGAAAUAAAGGGGGCAAGACAAGCCAUUCAAGGUGGAGAAAUUAUGAUGAUCUAAACGAAUAUUUUUGGUCCGAAAGGUGUCUUAAGCUGGGUUGGCCGAUGCAACUUAAAGCGGACUUUUUCGCGAAUUCAGAGCCGAUAUUGCCUGCAAAUGAUAGAACCAACCAGGUCCAUACUGGAAAGAGAAAGCCUAAAACUAAUUUUGUUGAAGCCCGCACAUUUUGGCACCUUUAUAGAAGUUUUGACCGAAUGUGGAUAUUCUUCACAUUGGCUUUCCAGGCUAUGGUAAUUGUUGCAUGGAGUUCUUCUGGAUCUCUACUUGCUUUUUUUGAAGAGGAUGUGUUCAGAAGGGUGACAAGCAUUUUCAUUACUCAAGCUUUUCUUAAUUUUCUGCAAGCUGCCCUGGAUAUAAUUCUUAGUUUGAAUGCCUGGAGAAGCUUGAAAUUUACCCAGAUCCUGCGGUACGUUCUGAAAUUUGCAGUAGCAACUGUGUGGGCAGUGGUUCUGCCAAUUGGUUAUGCCAGCUCUGUGCUGAAUCCAACUGGACUUGUGAAACUUUUUAGCGACUGGGCUGGGAAUUGGCAGAGCCAAACAUUUUAUAAUUAUGCUGUGGCAAUUUAUUUGAUACCCAAUAUAUUGGCUGCCAUAAUGUUUUUUCUUCCAUUUUUGCGGAGAACUAUGGAGCGUUCAAAUUGGCGUAUCAUCACACUUUUUAUGUGGUGGGCUCAGCCGAAACUCUAUGUAGGAAGAGGCUUGCAUGAGAGCAUAUUCUCACUUCUAAAGUAUACAUUAUUUUGGAUCAUGCUGCUAAUCAGCAAGCUAGCAUUCAGCUACUAUGUGGAGAUACUGCCACUUGUUGGACCAACGAAGUUAAUUAUGGACGUCCAUGUAGUUAAUUAUGAAUGGCAUGAGUUCUUUCCAAAUGCAACCUAUAAUAUUGGAGUUGUUAUUGCAAUAUGGGCUCCUAUUGUCCUGGUUUAUUUUAUGGAUGCUCAAAUAUGGUAUUCCAUAUUUUCCACCCUUUUUGGUGGAAUUCAUGGAGCAUUAAGCCAUUUGGGUGAGAUACGAACACUUGGAAUGUUGCGGUCAAGAUUUGAUGAUGUGCCUUUAGCUUUCUGUGAUCGUCUUCUGCCAUCAUCAAAAGAAGAUAGGAAAAAAUACAUGGAUGAGGCAAUACAUCGGCAGAAUAUUGCAAAUUUUUCUCAGGUGUGGAAUGAAUUCAUAGAAAGCAUGCGAAAAGAGGAUCUGCUCAGCAAUGAGGAAAGGGACUUGCUACUUGUGCCGUAUUCCUCAAGCGAUAUCUCUGUUGUCCAGUGGCCACCUUUUCUGCUUGCUAGCAAGAUUCCUAUUGCAUUAGACAUGGCGAAGGAUUUCAAGGGGAGGGAGGAUGCUGAUUUAUUUAAGAAAAUAAAGAGUGAUGGUUAUAUGCUUUCGGCUGUUAUUGAAUGUUAUGAGACACUAAGGGAUAUAAUGUAUGGGCUGCUGGUAGAUGAAGCUGAUAGGCUGAUUUUGAGGCAGAUUUGUUUUGAAGUAGACACUUCUAUACUGCAGAAUAGGUUCUUGACUGAGUUUCGCAUGAGCGGGAUGCCUUCUCUUAGUGACAAAUUGGAAAAAUUUCUCAAAGUCUUGCUAUCUGAAAUUGAAAGUGUUGACGUAUACAAGUCUCAGAUAAUUAAUGUCCUCCAGGAUAUUAUUGAAAUUAUUACACAGGAUAUUAUGGCUAAUGGCAAUGAAAUCCUUGAAAGAGCUCAUGUACAAAGUUCAUAUCUAGAAAAUGAAAAGAAAGAGCAGAGAUUUGAAAAGAUAAAUAUUCACCUUAUAGAGAACAAAUCGUGGAAGGAGAAGGUUGUUAGGCUUUUUUUGCUUUUGACAGUCAAAGAAUCUGCAAUAAAUGUGCCAACAAAUUUGGAUGCUCGCCGCCGUAUCACUUUCUUUGCAAAUUCAUUGUUUAUGAAUAUGCCAAGUGCUCCAAAAGUUCGUGACAUGCUCUCCUUUAGUGUUUUGACACCAUAUUAUAAGGAAGAUGUUCUAUAUUCUGUUGAGGAACUUAAUAAGGAGAAUGAGGAUGGAAUAUCAAUUCUGUUUUACCUACAGAAAAUAUAUCCUGAUGAAUGGGCCAAUUUCCUGCAUCGUAUCAAUGAUCAAAAACAAAAUUAUUCAAUGGAAAUGAAGAAUGAUUUAACUCGUCAAUGGGUAUCUUACAGAGGGCAGACACUCUCAAGAACAGUGAGAGGGAUGAUGUACUACAAACGGGCUCUAGAAGUGCAAUGCUUCCUGGAGAUGGCAAGAGAUAGUGAAAUUCCUGGUGGUUACCGGAACUUUGAAUCAAGUGGGGAUGAUGAGAAGGCUUUUGCAGAAGCUCUGGCAGAUAUGAAGUUCACAUAUGUUGUCUCUUGUCAGGUCUAUGGAGCUCAAAAAAAAUCUGAUGAUCAAAGAGAUCGUAGUUGUUAUAGUAAUAUUUUGAAUCUCAUGUUAACGUAUCCAUCCCUGCGUGUUGCUUACAUAGAUGAAAGGGAGGAGACUGUGAAUGGAAUAUCUCAGAAGUUCUAUUACUCUGUUCUUUUGAAAGGAGGUGAUAAGUUUGAUGAGGAGAUAUAUCGGGUUAAGCUUCCAGGACCUCCAACAGAAAUUGGUGAAGGAAAACCUGAAAAUCAAAAUCAUGCCAUCAUUUUUACUCGUGGAGAAGCCCUACAGACAAUAGACAUGAAUCAGGAUAAUUACUUUGAGGAGGCUUUCAAAAUGAGAAAUGUGUUAAAGGAAUUCCUAGAUUCUUCUAGUCGACCUACAAUAUUAGGUCUAAGGGAGCAUAUUUUUACUGGAAGUGUUUCUUCACUUGCUUGGUUCAUGUCAAAUCAAGAGACUAGUUUUGUCACUAUUGGCCAACGAAUUUUGGCAAAUCCUUUGAGGGUACGCUUUCAUUAUGGUCAUCCUGAUAUAUUUGAUCGGAUCUUCCACAUAACAAGGGGUGGCAUUAGCAAAGCUUCAAAGACAAUUAACUUAAGUGAGGAUGUAUUUGCAGGUUACAAUUCAACUUUGCGUGGUGGUCGUAUAACACAUCAUGAAUACAUCCAAGUAGGCAAGGGGCGUGACGUGGGAAUGAAUCAGAUAUCAGCAUUUGAGGCAAAGGUUGCAAAUGGAAAUGGAGAGCAGACUCUUAGUCGUGAUGUUUAUCGUCUAGGACGCCGGUUUGACUUCUAUAGAAUGCUUUCAUUCUAUUUUACGACAGUUGGAUUUUAUUUUAGUAGCAUGGUUACCGUGCUAACUGUGUAUGUAUUCUUGUAUGGACGUGUAUACAUGGUUAUGAGCGGAUUGGAAAAAAACAUUCUUGCGUCUCCAAACAUACAUCAAAGCAAGGCCCUUGAAGAAGCUUUGGCUACCCCGUCUGUCUUUCAGCUUGGUUUGUUACUGGUGCUUCCAAUGGUAAUGGAGAUUGGCCUGGAAAAAGGGUUUCGCACUGCUCUGGGUGAUUUUAUCAUUAUGCAGCUGCAGUUGGCUUCUGUAUUCUUUACAUUCCAGCUUGGAACAAAAGCACAUUAUUUUGGCAGAACAAUCUUGCAUGGAGGUGCUAAAUAUCGAGCUACUGGUCGUGGCUUUGUUGUUUUUCAUGCGAAGUUUGCUGAAAACUAUAGAUUGUACUCUCGGAGUCACUUUGUGAAGGGACUGGAGCUGGUUAUAUUAUUGGUCUUAUAUGAAGUUUAUGGGGAUUCAUAUCGCAGUUCAAAUCUUUACCUGUUUAUUACUUUCUCUUUGUGGUUCCUGGUUGCCUCAUGGUUGUUUGCUCCUUUUGUGUUCAAUCCAUCUGGUUUUGAUUGGCAAAAAACAGUGGAUGAUUGGACAGACUGGAAGAGGUGGAUGGGAAACCGUGGUGGUAUUGGGAUCCCAACUGAAAAAAGUUGGGAAUCGUGGUGGGAUGGAGAACAAGAACACCUCAAACACACAAACAUAAGGGGACGGAUUUUGGAGAUCAUCCUUGUAUUUCGCUUCUUCAUCUUCCAGUAUGGAAUUGUCUACCACCUUGAUAUAGCCCAUCACAGCAAGAGUUUGCUGGUCUAUGGACUCUCUUGGAUAGUUCUGCUGUCUGCACUUUUAGUUUUAAAGAUGGUAUCAAUGGGUAGACGGAAAUUUGGUACCGACUUCCAGCUGAUGUUCAGGAUCCUCAAGGCGCUUCUAUUCCUUGGUUUCGUGUCAGUCAUGACUGUCUUGUUUGUAGUAUGUGGGCUCACCAUAUCAGAUUUAUUCGCUUGCCUUCUUGCUUUCUUGCCUUCAGGCUGGGCCCUUCUUCUGAUUGGGCAAGCGAGCAGCCCUUUGUUUAAGAGGUUAGGAUUAUGGGAUUCAAUAAAAGAGCUAGCUCGAGCAUACGAGUACAUAAUGGGACUGGUAAUCUUCGCCCCUAUCGCUAUUCUGUCAUGGUUCCCGUUUGUAUCAGAGUUUCAAACUCGCCUGCUCUUCAAUCAAGCAUUCAGUAGAGGUCUCCAGAUUUCUAUGAUUCUUACUGGGAGGAAAGAAAAGACAACAGGAUCUAAAUAAAUUUCAUAGUAUUUCUCAUUCAUUUUUUCUCAGUAUACAUUAGUAUGUUGUGGUAGGAAAGCUUCUGUUACAUCCAGUAUGGUCAUUUUGGAAGGGAAAUCUAUUACUUGUUAUAAAGUAAACAAAUGAUACUGUUACCUUAUUUUAUAUUUUUGUUUUUCGGAAUCCUUGAAAUAUUAAUAUAUUACUUUGUUAUAUGUA